AUGGAUUUGCGUAAACGGGUUUGGAGUAUCUGCGCAGCGGUUGGCUGGGUGCUCAUCGUCAGUGGACAGUCACGCUGUGAAAUAACCUGGGAGGCUCCUCGUUUCGACGGCUGGUACAACAGUUUGGAUCCCAAACACGGAGCUGUCGGUUCUCACCUCGUGCGCCUCGUGCCCGCGCAUUACUGGGACGGAGUCUACCAACCUGUCCAGGAGCCGCUGCGGCCGAACCCCCGCAGACUGAGCAGCCUGCUGACCAGGGGCCCCUCCGGUUUGCCCUCAACGCGCAACCAGACCGUGCUCUCUCUGUUCUUUGGUAAAUAUGUUUAUCAUGUUUCUUUUGAAAUAUUUGACUCAAGAACUCCUGGGUGUCCACCUGAGUUCAUGAACAUCCCAGUCCCAAAAGCUGACCCUUAUUUUGACCCCAGUGCCACUGGAACAGUGCUGCUGCCCUUCCAGAGAGGACCGUGGGACAAAGAGUCUGGCCAGAGCCCCAGUAAUCCUCGCACACAGGUCAACUUGGUGACAGCAUGGAUAGAUGGCAGCUCCAUCUAUGGUCCCUCCACGUCCUGGUCUGACUCACUGAGAAGCUUCUCUGGAGGGCUCUUGACUUCAGGCCCUGAGUGGAACAUGCCAAAUCAGGCAACAGGACACAGUCUCAUGUGGAGCGCCGCUGACCCCUCUACAGGAGACCAUGGACCUAAUGGGCUUUUUGGGUUUCAGCCUAGUUGGGGAAAUGCCUGGGCCAAUGAGAACGUGUUCACAGCAGCAGAGGGGAUUAUCUGGUUUCGCUACCACAAUUAUGUAGCUUCCAAUCUGCAUGAGGAACACCCAGAGUGGUCAGACGAAAAGCUGUUUCAAAACGCCAGGAAGACCGUUGUUGCCACAUUCCAGAAUAUUGCUCUAUACGACUGGCUGCCUGGAUAUCUUGGAGUCGAAAAGCUUCCUCCUUACCUAGGUUACCAGAAGUUUGUUGAUCCCGGGGUCUCUCCUGAGUUCCAGGCUGCCAUACGAUUUGGCAUCACUAUGGCCCCACCUGGUGUUUACUUGAGAAACAGAACGUGUCAUUUUAGAAGGCUCGUCAACAUAAAUGGCAGCUCAUCACCAGCAAUGCGCCUUUGUAACAGCUUUUGGAAACGUCAGACAGGCGAUGAUAAGACAACCAGCCAGGACAUAGACGACCUCCUCAUGGGCAUGGCUUCGCAGAUUGCAGAGAGAGAAGACAAUGUUGUUGUGGAGGACCUAAGAGACUUCAUGUACGGACCCAUGAGGUUCACUCGGUCAGAUUUGGUGGCCAGCACCAUCCAGAGAGGAAGAGACUUUGGCCUGCGUAGUUACACUGAGGUCAGAAAAGCUCUGGAUCUGCCUCCCGUUAAGACAUUUGAAGACAUAAAUCCUGAGCUCAACAGCAACAACCCACAGUUGCUGAACAAUAUUGCAGAACUGUACAGCAGAGACAUCUCAAAACUGGAGCUCUUCCCCGGAGGACUGCUGGAGUCUUUUGAUGGUCCGGGUCCAGUUUUCUCCGCAAUAAUCUUGGACCAGUUUGAACGCAUCAGAAAUGGAGACCGCUUCUGGUUCGAGAACAAACAGAAUGGUUUGUUCACAGAUGAGGAGAUCGAGAUGAUCCGCAAUGUGACCUUCCAUGAUGUUCUCAUCGCAGUCACAAGUGCAGAAACCACUGAUAUACAAAAUAAUGUAUUCUUCUGGAAAGAUGGUGACCCUUGUCCUCAGCCUGCACAGCUGAACGCAUCAAUGCUCCAUCCCUGCACUAAUGCUACCAAACUUAAUUACUUUGAUGGGAGCCGAGCUGGCUUUGGGAUAUUUAUCAUAAUUCUGUUCUUUUUUCCUGUUGUUAGUUUUCUGGUGGCCUGCAUGGUGGCAUAUCUCCGCACGUACAGGUACAGGAAGUUCCAGAGAAGAAGAAAAGCUGGUGACAGAACAGAGGAGCCAGCGGUGGGAAUCACGGCCUGUGAGUGGCAGGGCCAUAAAAAACCUCUGCACCCCGUCAGCGUGGAGCUAGACGAGAAGAGGAGGCUGCAGCUCUUUGACAGAUCUGGGUCCUCUCACCGCUGCCUCAAUCUGGGCAACCAGGACUACCUGGACAUCCAUCUCUCCAACGACCAGCACCAGAAAGCUCUGCUGCUCAAAGUAUCAAAAGAGUACGACCUGGUGCUGUUUUUUGAUGAUGAGAGCAAACGUGCAGCGUUUGUCAAGUAUCUGUGCCCGGGGGUGACAGACCUCGCGCAGGAGAUUAGAGUGAUGGAGAUGAGAGAGAGGGAACUGCUGAAGGAGGCUUUAACCAAAGAGCAGAGGGCUCAGAUUGUGGAAACUUUCAUUCGACACGCUUUCUCUAAGGUCUUGGAAAUAGAGAAGUGUGACGCUGGGGACAUGAGUGGCGUUUCCCACAAGAAAGCCAGAGAGGUUCUCCAGUGCGAGCUGACAGCGGCUGAAUUAGCUGAUGCUCUCGGCCUCAAGCCCGACUCCUUGUUUGUAGACUCCAUGUUCACGCUCGCUGAUAAAGAUGGAAACGGUUACCUCUCCUUCCAAGAGUUUCUUGACGUGAUGGUUAUCUUUAUGAAAGGUUCUCCAGAGGAAAAAUCUAAACUGAUGUUCUCCAUGAACGACAUUGGUGGAACUGGUUUCUUAUCAAAAGAGGAGUUUGCCAGGAUGCUCAGGUCUUUCAUUGAAAUCUCAAAUGGUGCUCUGUCAAAGAGCCAGGCAGAGGACGGCAUCAAAGCAAUGAUGCAGGCAGCAGGCUUUGAUGACAAGGACAGAAUCACGUGGGAAGACUUCCAUUUCCUCCUGCGGGACCACGAGAAGGAGCUGCAGUUUGCCCAACUCAAUGUCAAAGGGAUGGAGAAACAGGGGAAGAAGCGGAUGAGUCGAGACCAGAGAGUGUCCUUCAUCUGUCCAGGAAACAGGAGCAACAAGACAGAUGGACCGGAGAUACGCAGACGGAAAAAGUCAGGUGUCAACACUCCUAAUGUCUAUGUGAGGCCUAAGCGUGAGCAGUACAUAAGGAACCCAAUCCAACAAAAGAUCCCACUCAAACGUUUUAUUGAGAAUUAUCGCCGUCAUAUCGUCUGCUUCACCGUCGUGUACGGCAUCGCAGCCGGCGUGGCACUCGAGAGGUUCAAAAAUAAUUGUUUCCAGACUACAGUUUUGCAGUCCGAUGCGACAGGUAUCCCCGAGACUUCGGUGGUGGGUAUAGUUGUCUCCCGUGGCUCGGCCGCCGCCAUCUCCUUCCUGUUUCCCUAUAUGCUCCUCACUGUGUGUCGCAACCUCAUCACACUCUGCCGGGAGACAUUCCUCAACCGCUACAUCCCCUUCGACGCAGCCAUUGAUUUCCACCGCUUCAUGGCCAUGACCGCCAUCCUUCUUUCAGUUGUUCAUAGUUUGGGCCAUGUGUUCAACAUCUACAUCUUCUCCGUCAGCAACCUCAGCAUCCUGUCUUGUCUGUUCCCCAAAGUCUUUUCCAACAAUGGGUAAUGUCUGAACUCUCCUCUGAAGUGGUCGUGGUGGUUCUUUCAAACCGUUCCAGGAAUGACUGGUGUAUUACUUCUUUUUACUUUGGCAUUCAUGUAUGUUUUUGCCUCACACUAUUUCCGUCGCAUCAGCUUUCGUGGAUUUUGGAUCACACAUUACUUCUACAUUGUUGUAUACAUUCUAACAGUUGUUCAUGGCAGUUUCGCCCUGCUCCAAGAGCGUUUCUACAUCUACUUAAUUCCACCUGCGCUGCUCUUUCUGCUGGACAAACUGAUCAGCUUGAGCAGGAAGAACCUGGAGAUCCCGGUGCUCAGAUUCACACUUCCCUUGGCUUUCCUACCUGUAGGUGUGACUCAUCUGGAGUUCAAGCGACCACAGGGCUUCGUGUAUCGUUCAGGCCAGUGGGUUCGUAUUGCAUGCCUGAUGUUGGACACAGACGAGUACCACCCUUUCACACUGACAUCAGCCCCACACGAAGAGACGCUGAGCCUGCACAUCCGAGCUGUGGGGCCCUGGACCAGCCAGCUCCGAGACCUCUACGCCGAAGAAAGCCUGCUCGAUCUCGGAGCCUAUCCAAAGCUGUAUUUGGAUGGUCCGUUUGGUGAGGGCCAUCAGGAGUGGAUUGACUUUGAGGUGUCUGUUCUGGUGGGAGGAGGAAUUGGAGUCACCCCAUUCACCUCCAUCCUAAAGGACCUGGUGUUCAAGUCCUCCAUCAAGUCGAAGAUUCAGUGUAAAAAGGUGUACUUCAUCUGGGUGACACGAACACAGCGUCAGUUUGAGUGGGUGUCAGACAUCAUCAGGGAGGUGGAGGAGAUGGACACCCAGGAGCUGGUCUCAGUCCACACCUACAUCACGCAGGUGGCCGAAAAGUUCGACCUCCGCACCACCAUGCUGUACGUGUGUGAGCGCCACUUUCAGAAGGUGUGGAGCCGCAGCCUCUUCACCGGCCUGCGCUCCGUCACUCACUUCGGCCGACCGCCUCUGGUGUCCUUUCUCAGCUCACUGCAGGAAGUUCACCCCGAGGUGGGUAAAUUCGGUGUCUUCAGCUGCGGACCACCUGGACUGACCAAGAACGUGGAGAAAGCUUGCCAGAAGAUGAACAAGAGGGAUCAGGCCCAUUUCAUACAUCACUAUGAGAACUUCUGACUUGCCUCUUGGCAUUGGACGACAUGGUUGCGUAACGAAAGAUGAGACACUUCACAAUGGAGAAAACAAGUUACAACAGCAGUUAAUGACACCAAGAGCCAAUGUAGGAAGCUUUGAUUUAUGUAAUGUCUUCGGAUUAAAUGUGUCUUAUUCUUUACAAUCCAUAUUAUCUAUUCAGAAAUAUUAUUGUUAUGCAUUCAUUUCAAACAGUCAUGGAUGAUAUUUUCUCCUUCUUAUAUCACAAAACAUACAUGAAGAUUCACAAGAUACUGUAUGUCAAAUAAUUUGUAAUCAUCAUGCAAGUUUUUAUUUGCUGUUUGACUCAAAUAUGUACCAGCCGUUACCUGUAAUGCCAUGUUUGUUCAGUUGAUUUCAUGUCAUUGAUUUCUUUUUUUCUGUUUAAAAUGUGUGGAACAAAUAAAAUCACAUUUUACAAUAAAUUUGUAUUAAUGCAAACUCCUAAAUUUGAUUUGUUGGUUGAGUGAUAAGCCAGACAGCUCCUCCACCCAAAACAAUAAUAAUAAAGUAAAUAUGUUGAUUUUC